AUGCAAGUGGCCGGCCAAACCAACAUCGUGAACCUGCUGCGCCUGGACCGGCAGCCAACAAUACGGCGCGCUGAUCUGGAGCGGCGACAUCGCGUCGACAUCGCGUCGUCGUGGGCGUCGUUCCACAACCAGCUCGCAGCCGGCCUGAACAUGGGGCUGGCAGGUAUUCCCUGGUGGACGACCGAUAUAGGCGGGUUCCACGGCGGCAACCCCGACCACCCAGCGUUCCGCGAGCUGUUCACACGCUGGUUCCAAUGGGGACCGCGAGCCCAAGCCGGCGAGCCAGCCCACGGCCAAUGGUACUUGGUUGUGCCGGUGUUUGAGGCCGGACAGCGCAAGAUCACGGCUUAUCUGCCUGCGGGAGCCUCAUGGAAGCUUUGGGAUGCGGAGAAGGUAUACUCUGGUGGAUGUGAGGUCGAGGUCGACUGUCCGAUUGAGACGAGGCCAGUUUUCGUCCGGGUGUAG